AUUUGAGUUUUUCAUGAUAUGAAGUGAAAAUUAAAUAUGUAUUGUUAGGUACCACCGUACCGGUAUAAUCUUUAUAAUUAUAGCAUGUCGCGGUUGUUUCCACCACUCAACGCACCGAUGAUGAUCUGAAAUAUUUGCGUUUCGUCCCGGAGCAUUAAUCACGUCUUCAGCUCGAUCCCGCGUGAUGCAGGAUGGGUAAGCAGCGUUUCGCUACCAUCAGCCACGAGGUGACCAUAGGCCGAGGGCGCGCCAGCCUCGACGCUCUACUGGAGUACGCUGGCGUCGUGCAUCCUGGCGUUGCUACACAUCUUCUCUCAACCCUCGGUGUGCUGUUGCUAAGCAUCGGGGCCCUGAACGUUGGGCCGCUGUUCCCUGUGCCUCUCUACAGCUGCUGGGGCGGCAUUGGGCCCCACGAUGUCCCAAGGAGUUUAUCCUGCCAGAACCGACGUUUGCUACCGAGCGUUCUUCCUGGUAAAGAAUAUCACGCCUGGGAAUGCAGCGUCGGCUCCACUUGGUGGUCUCCGGUGGCCGCCGGUCUCCUCGUGACCGCCAGGGUUUUGGCGACGGUGGCCAGCGGUCUUUGCAUGGACGUCCAUGGCCGCCGCAAAGUGGCCAUCGUCGUCAUGGGCGUUUACUUCGUAUUCGCCUUCUCCCGGAGCUUCGCCCCCACCGUUGAGGUGUCCAUCGUGGCGGUUGUGGUUGAAGGCGCUGCCGCGCAAGCGGCCACACUCGCGCUCAUGCUCAUCGCGCUAGAGAACAGCGUACAGCGGGAGUGCGUGCGGUCAGUAUGCCUGGUGCUGCUGGGGCACAGCCUUGGUGGAGAUACGCUCCUCGCUGACCCCAUGUGGCAGCAGCUCGCCAAGAGCGUCCCUUCCGUCGCCUUCGUCGUCCUCUUGUGCUGGCUACCGGAGAGCGCCCGAUGGAUGCUGACCACGCGACGCUGGGACGACGCUGGCUUCGUGCUGCCGAUGUCGCACAACGUCGCCCUCGAUGACGUCAUGAAGCCCAAGCUCAGAGCUCUCAAGGGCGAGAUGGAGCGAUGCCUGAUGUCAGUUGGGUGUGGUCAGUCGUCGCUGUCGCGCGCAGUGUUGCCCCUCGUCAGGAACGUCAGGCUGCUGCGCGUGCUGCUGGUGUCAGCUCUCUGUGCCCUCGUCUACGGCAUCACCGUCGGCACGAGGCUCAUCGUCGAGCCCUCGCCUUACAACAGUCUGGCUGAUCGAAGUGUGGCGUACGGUGCCGUGGAGUUGGUUGUGUUGGUUGGGUUUGCCCUCACUAUGGGUAGAAUCAACGCUCGGCCCAUGCUUUCCCUCACUCUCGUGGUUCUCGCGGCCACGACUUCCCUCGCUACCCUCACUCAAGCCACGAACGUGGAGACGUGCGUGGGCGACGUGAUGCUGUCAGUGCUGAGCCACGGCGUGGCUGUGGCUGCUGGUGUGGCGCUGGUGCUCGCCAUGUGGCGUCUCACGCCAACACACUCGCGCGGGACCGUCUGGGCCUUCACCUGGACCUGGGCUAUUUACGUGACAGCGAACGUGGAGACGUGCGUGGGCGACGUGAUGCUGUCAGUGCUGAGCCACGGCGUGGCUGUGGCGGCUGGCGUGGCACUGGUGCUCGCCAUGUGGCGUCUCACGCCAACACACUCGCGCGGGACCGUCUGGGCCUUCACCUGGACCUGGGCUGUGCUGGGUUAUGCUGCUUCUGGGCCCUACUGCCACCUCAUGGACAGCCUGGACCUGCAGAGUCUGCAGCUGAGCGCUAAGCCCCUGGUCUGCUCUGCGGCGUGUCUGCUGGCAGCGCUGGUCGCGCUGCUGCUGCCGGCCACGCCUUCCGUCCUACCAGACACCAUCAGCCACCUUACCGACCCGGGACGAGAGUUCGUAUGCGAGGACGACCGACUUGUCGGCAUGGAGCUGAUGCCAAUGGACCACUCUCGGUCAUAGCGAUACGGUCAGCUCUGUUCUGUUCUUGCCAGCUUCUCAGUAAUCAUGAGAACAUCGAUUUAAUCUACUGCAUAAUUAAUCAUGUUAUUGUUGAUGAUUUUAGAUAGUUUUAGAUAAUUUUUACAUGAUAACUUCUUCGAAGAGAAUUUAUUUUUCUAUUGCUAUAUAGUUGUAGUGAAGGGUUAAACUCGGAACUGACAUGUUCCUCUUAACACUUAAUGAAAAGUUCGCGCUUUCCCGCUUUUAUGGUUGAGCUUUUCCAAGUUAACGAGAUCACAAUCUAGUAAUAAUUCAUAGAUUCUUUUGGAAUUAUUAAGAUUUUAUGAAUUUAUUGCUACUAAAAUUUGACUGGGCGCGCUUCAUUUGUAAACGUGCAAAUGGGUUUGAUGCGGUUUAAAAACCAAAAAAAUAUCACUUCAUAUUUUUAAUACUAUAGUUUACAAAAGCAAUUGAUUAGGCUGUGACCUAAAAUUGUUCCUGCAUUAUCUAUGAGUAUAAUGUGAUCAUUCUUAAUAUGCUUUAUCACUGCUUCAUAUUUUAUAUUUUAGAGCGUUGCCGAACUGCUCACGUUAAUUUCUGUGUAAUUUUAACGAUGUUAUUAUAUUUCACCCAGCAACAUAUAAGUCCUUUUUGUACCGGAAUCAUGAAACCGACGAGUUUCCCGUGUCAUGUAAUUUUCGUUGCUCAUUAAUUAUCCUAAGGCAACCUUGCAACAUUUUAAUCACAUAAUUAUAGGAAUCUAUAAAAUUUUAGCCUUUUAAUGAAUUGAAUAUACAAUUUCAAAAAUGUAAUCAGAGUAACAUGUUCUUCUAAUAUAUAAGAAUGGUUCAGAAACUCAUUUAGAAUUUUAAAUAUUCAUGUGGGGUUGUUCGAAGGCUUGAUGUAUAAAUGCGUUAGGAGAGCAAAACAGAAAUGUAUGUUUUCUUUUAAGAGAAUCGCAAAAAGCGGCCUGAAUCUUACUAUUUGCGAAAAUUUUUAGCAGUUACAGAAUUCUAGAAGAAUCAUAUACAUUCUAGAGAGAUCUAGAGUGCGUUUAUUAUUCUAUACAUUGUUGCAAGUAGAAAAUUCUAGCGAACAAUGCGACAAAAUUACUGUGAGCUUGAACACAGAAAUUUAGCACGUAUUAAGGAUAAUAAAGAAAACAGCAACUCGAUCGUUGUAUAUUGACUUCCAUUCUUCACAUAUUAUCACCUAGCCUCCAAUGCAAUGCAAAUAAAUAAUGAUAGUUGAAAAAUAACGAACAUUUCAAAUGUUCUUACUAGCAGGAGGACAGGGCAUUAUGAGCGAAUUAUUGUAGUUUUUAAAACCGAAUGUAUAUUCAAAUUUUCCAAACUGUUACCGAAACGAUACUUGCUUAACAAUGUGAGUCGACUGCGCGAGUAAUUUAAUUUGAUGUCGUUUUAAUAUAGCAAUUACUCAUCGUAAGAUAUUUUUACAUUUUAAUACCUAUACCUCAUUGGACAUAAUAAUCUGAGAAGUUUCUGCAAUCUUAGAUCACAAACAGUUUGAGAAUCUCAAAACAAAGAGAACUUACAAAUAGCGAACAAUUAAUUCAAUAAUAGCCCUUCAAUAGGAACAACCGAGUCUCUUCACAGUCAAGGAUAGAUUUAAAUCACGGUUAUAUAAAAGAUAGAUGCCAAUACAAAAAACAGAACUUCAGUGGUGUUGUCAGGUACAAAAAGUGAUUGAACUCAACGUUCACGACACGCGAUGCAAAAUCACGAAGCAUCUCCAUUAUAU